AUGGCCUCCAGCGCCACUCCAAACAUCCUCAAUAAUGGAUCUACUGCCGUCUGUCCUUGCUCCCAUGGCAAUGUCACUCUUAUCCCAGUUACCUACACCACUGUCUUUACCAUCUCCGACCCCGCUACCUCUGGAAGUCCGGGGUUGAGUUCCGUGCUCACCACGCUGCCCAACUCUCCACAUAUUGGCACUUCCAACACCGCAAGUCUCGGCAGCAACGUCAGUAGCAUCCCAAGCUCCGUUUCGACACGCGAUAGCGGGGGUGGCGGCGAUGGCGGGCCUGGGGAUGACAAAAACGACAGCGAUGGGAAGGACGAUGAAGACGAUGGCGAGAAUGGCGACGACGGCGAAGAUGAAAACGAUAGAAACGAUGAUGGUGAUAAUGAUGGAGAUGACGACGUCGACAAAGACGACGAGGAUGAUGACUCCUUUCUCAACGGCUUCAGAAUCGACUUGGGUAUCAACUUUGGCAUUGACCUGGGCAUUGACUUCGGCACCAGCGUCCUCGGCAACGCUAUCUGCGACAUCUUCGGCUUUGGAAUGAGCACCGGUUUUGGAACAAAUUCCCCAUCUGGCGGCGGAGGAGGAGGCGGAGGAGGCGAAACUCAGCCCGAUAAACCAAAAGAGUCCAUCACCACGUCAAAAUCGACCUCGUCUUGCACCGCUACCUACACUCUUGCCCCUCACUGCACUCAGCCAUGCAUCGUUUCGCACAUCAAGAGCCUCAGCGUAAGCAGCUACACCACCAGCUGCGCCACCGCGACCUGCCGGACCGCGCAGGUAUGCACCAGCAUCCGCAGCACCACCACGACCUUCUUUACCACGAAGAGGCCGGAGCGCACCGCUGCCUGCCUACCCAAUAAAUGCCCCGCCUGCCAGCAGGACGCUCCCAAUGCUUCUUCCAAGGAAAUCAAGGCUCGCUGGGACUACGGCGAAGACGCUAUCCUCAAAGACACCAUCACGGAGCCCGAUACGUGGGCGGGGGGUGAGCACGACUGGUGGGAGAAGAUGCGCCGCGUCGCAAACGUCUACGGCCCCGGUCUCCACAUUGGCAGCGUGGAACGUAUGGACUCCUCGUCCUCUUGGACCCCGUUGAUCAACAUGUCGCAAGGCGCCGGCGCCGGGCCCGUCUGGGGGUGCGUCAUGGUUGUCGUCUUCUCUCCCAAGGGCGUGUAUGCCAGCCACCUGUGGGAGGUUCCCAACUUUGACGUCUCGCCGGAGGAUGAGAACUACUUCAACAUCGGCAACGGUAUCGACGUAGACUACUACUUCAAGCAAAACGUCGAAAGUUUUCUCCAGAAGGGGUCCGCCGAUUUCCCUCACCAGGAGCAGUAUCCCGCCCCCGCGCCCCUGGUGAACGCCGGCGGGCCUCUGCACCCCAAGGAUGCUGGGUUCUUCCGCACCAUCGUUUUCGUCCCCACCGACGAGAACGGAGAGAUGUUCUACAAGAGUGGCAACAGAAGGCUCCUCAACUUUCUCUCCGAUAAGGUCAAGAUAGAGAAGAAGUACAUCACCAUAUACGGGUAUAAACCUCGCAUGGACCUGGGCACGGACUUUGACUACAGCUACGGCGUAGCCACGCCGCCACCGGAAAUCCGCGCCGCGAACCCGUGGGACGGGCUCUUCAGCUGGCUAUACACUCCCAGGGGCCCCAGUGGCCAGAGAGAGCUCGUGGUGCGCUAUGAGAAGACCGUUAUUCAUCGUGAAGCCUGGUGCGAGGGUGGAUAUGCCGACCCGGAUGCUCCUCCAUCCAACUUCGAUCUCCAACCAGGGCCAAACAGGCCACCCGCUCGUCUCCGGCCCAGGCAAGAAGUAGCCACUUGCGGGAGGUUUGUUCUCUGUGGCCUGGGAGGCCCGGAAGGCCUCUGCGGCGACUACCGCAAAAAUCCACCUCCCGGCCUCUCGGGCCAGCCGCAGAAGCGUCAGCUGCCACCAACCAAUGGUCCGAGCAGGGCCGAGAGGGAGCUCUCGACGGAGAUCAUGAUUGACCCCGAAGAUUUUGUCGGAGGCGAGGUCUGGUGGUGGGACCGCAUGCGGAACAACUGGGCCACCAGCGCGCUGGUCACGCUCGACCAGGAGGUCGAUGGUACCGUGGCCGACCGACCCCGCUUCGGCGGCUCCGGUUCCAUCUGGGGUUGCUCCGCGAUCGUCGUGGCGUCGCCCGAGGCGGUCUGGACCAGCCACAUCCGGGAGAUUCCCUCGCACGCCCGCGGCGAGGCCCACGGCAGGGCGACCUUUGACUUUUGGAAGCAGCAUUACCCCCGACCGACGGUGGAGUACUUCCGAGAGGGGUUCCUCGACUUUCUCCAACACGGAAACGCAAAGGGCAGCUUCAAGCAGCAGGACGAGCAGAAAUUCCCGGGGCGCAACCCCGGGCUCGAGGACAUGUUCAUGAAGAAGGGCGCGUUCAACGUCAAGGAGAAGGAGUUCGUCUGGGUGGGCAUCGUCACGCACUCCUACAGGAACCUUGCCAUGCCUCGCGUACAAUACGACUGGCAAAUCCAGCAGGUGUACGAGAGGUUCGUCGCCUGGGGCGUCAACCCGGAGAACAUCAUGGUCAAGGCCUACCCCGCCCGCAUGGAAUUUGCCAUCGGCGGUGGUCCGCAGAUCCCGCCACACUGGGGUAUCCUCAGCUGGCAGUACCAUCCCAAGCACAGGGAGGGCUCCCACGAGAAGAGGAAGCUUCGCAUCCGCUUCGAAAAGGAGCUUCUCUUGGAGAAGUCCUGGUGCGGAUCCGGCGCCAAGACGGCGGGAUCUGGAGGCAAGGCCCCGGCGCGUCGCAGACAGGAUGAUAUCGAGGCUUGCAAGAUGGUCGUCAGUUCCCGGGAGUCCGCUUCGGCCACGAAAGUUGGGACGGCCGCUUUCCCUAAGCCUACCAUGGCCUGCAUCAACAGUGCUACAUGCGGCUCGCUCUCUUGUCCCGAGAACCAUAUCAGUGCCUGUUACCACGGCUUCUGCCACUGCGUGCUUCACAGACCCCCUGGGAACAACUGCACCGUCAGAGAGGACUGCUCACCUCUCAAGUGCCCUGACGAUCAGCGCCCCGACUGCCGCGUCAAGGACGGCCCCAAGGCCGGCUGCCACUGCUUUGAUAGGCCCAAGAAACUCCUCGACGCCUGCUCCAAGGCCUCCGACUGCGCCGAUAUCGACUGCGAAGCCUGUCAAGCCUCGGCCUGUCGCGCCCUCGUCGGCUCCCCGGGCGCGACCCCCGUCUCCCAGUGCAUCGCGAAGCCCGUCGCCCCCGGCGCGACCUGCCUCGUAGACAGUCACUGCGACGGCCUUCCCUGCGACGCCACAAACCAGCGCGGCUUCUGCCUAUCCGACGCCUGCCGAUGCGACUUCUCCCUCUCCGAGGGCGCCGGCUGCAGCACGCACGAUGACUGCUCGCCCAUCAGGUGCUCCGAGGCCAAGCCGCACAAGACGUGCUCCGCGCCCUCAAACGCCGAGUGCGAGGCCGGCGUCUGCCGCUGCCGCGCGUGGAAGUGCGGCUCGGACGCCAACUGCAACCACUGCUGCGCGCGCGGCAGACUUCCGAGGUGUGUCUUGGGAUGCCAGAGCUUCUGGUGCGGCAAGGAGUGCCAGUGUGUGGCUUGGUAG